AUGGCUGCCGGUGAAAAUCGCUUCGCGCCGGAGUUAAAUGAAAAAGAAGUCCUUAAACUGUUACAAAAUGCAACACCAGGGAGCACAAAGAAAGCCACAAAGUAUGGCAUGAAAAUGUUUCAAGGUAACAACUUCAAAACUUUAUUUUGACAAUUUAAGCGUCUGUGUUUAUAGUUUAAUAACGCGAAGCAAAACAGUGCAAGUUGAGAUAAUUUACAAAUUAAUUAAGUUAAUUGGUUACAUUUCACUAACCUUUUCAGACUGGCUUUUGACUUCUGGGAGCAAAUUUAGUGUUACACCAAUCGAAGAAAUGAAUAAAGAGGAACUCAAUGCUUGCCUAAAAAGUUUUUAUACAUCCGCAAGAAAACAAGAUGGUCAAUUUUACAAGUCUUCUUCCUUGAAGGCAAUUCGUGCAGCCAUUGACAGGUAUCUUCGCAUGCCUCCACACUCCAAACAGUUCUCUAUCGUCUGCCGACCCUGCCUUUACCGAAGCAAACAAGAUCUUAGACGCAUUUGUCAAGUAACUAAGAAAGUCUGGAAAAAUUAG